AUACAGCCCAUGAUAUCACUGAAUCAGUAGGUGGCUGAACUUCCUCUUCAUUUUCUUACUGCACUGUACAGCUUUACUUGUACUGCUCACAACACAGAGUUCGCUGUACGAGAUGUGGGGAACCGGCAUAGAAAACGUGCAUUAGUGGUAAAAGAAACUUCUCUCAUGGUCGACAUCUUGUAAGGCGCUCGUGGAUUAAAUUAGCUUUAACUGGAUUUUUAUCAUGGGCUGUGUUGGCACCAAGCCAGACCAGGAUUCAGGUGGCAAAACGGUGGACAACGACAUGGGGAACCGCAAUCAGACUGCGCACUAUGUCAAAGACCCUACGACAGGGAGCAAGGCUCAGAACAAAACCUUCCCUGUUCCUCCUUCCUCAAGCACAGACGAUAUUGAGAACAUAGCCAUAGCGCUCUUUGACUAUGAUGCCUUGCAUGAUGGAGACCUGGGCUUUAAAAAAGGAGACAAGUUAAAAAUCUUACAAGAGUCAGGUGAAUGGUGGAAAGCAAUGUCUCUGAGUACUACUCAGGAAGGAUACAUCCCCAGUAACUAUGUAGCUAAAGACACACUUCAAACUGAAGACUGGUUCUUCACAGGAGUGAGCAGGAAAGAUGCAGAGAGACAGCUACUGGUCUCUGGGAAUAAAGUGGGCUCUUUCAUGAUCAGGGACAGUGAGACCACCAAAGGAAGCUACUCAUUAUCAGUAAGGGACCAUGACCCUCAAACAGGUGAUACAGUGAAGCAUUAUAAGAUCCGUACACUAGACAGUGGUGGCUUCUACAUUUCACCUCGGAUCACAUUCAACACCCUGCAGGAGCUCGUCAACCAUUACAAGAAGCAGGGAGAUGGACUGUGUCAAUCACUCACUAACCCCUGCAUCAGUGCCAAACCCCAGAAGCCAUGGGAAAAGGAUGCCUGGGAAAUCCCACGAGAAUCCCUCAAGCUGGACAAAAGGCUGGGAGCUGGACAAUUUGGAGAAGUUUGGAUGGCCACAUACAACAAGCACACCAAGGUGGCUGUGAAGACCAUGAAGCCGGGCAGUAUGUCUGUGGAGGCAUUCCUGAUGGAAGCAAACCUUAUGAAGAGCCUCCAACAUGACAAGCUGGUCCGCCUCAAUGCUGUAGUUACCAAGGAAGAGCCCAUCUACAUCAUCACAGAGUUCAUGGAGAAUGGCAGUUUAUUGGACUUCCUCAAGAGUGACGAAGGAAAUCGUCUCCAGUUGCCCAAACUGAUAGACUUCUCUGCACAGACAGCAGAAGGCAUGGCCUACAUCGAACGAAGGAACUACAUUCACAGAGACUUGCGGGCUGCCAAUAUCCUGGUUAAUAAGAGUCUGGUGUGCAAAAUUGCUGACUUUGGUCUGGCACGUAUCAUAGAGGACAAUGAAUAUACUGCCAGAGAAGGUGCCAAAUUCCCCAUUAAGUGGACUGCUCCGGAGGCUAUUAACUAUGGCUCCUUUACCAUCAAAUCAGACGUCUGGUCCUUCGGUAUUCUGCUCACUGAGAUUAUCAGUUACGGCAGAACACCAUACCCAGGCAUGACAAACCCAGAAGUGAUUCGCUCUCUGGAGAGAGGAUAUCGCAUGCAGCGCUUGGACUCAUGUCCACAGGAGCUGUAUGACAUUAUGCUAGAAUGCUGGAAAAACAAGCCAGAAGACAGACCGACCUUUGAGUACCUUCAGAGCGUGCUGGAGGACUUCUAUACGGCCACAGAGAGCCAGUACCAACAACAGCCCUGAGAUAUACACACACACUCACACGCGCACACACACACACACACACACACACACACACACACACACACACACACAUUCUUAGGCUAGGCACAUACAGCAAGCGCACAUGCAUUAAUAUCCAAUGCAAAUGUGCAGUGAGUGAGUGAAUUAACAAAUAAUGCAAUCUUAAUUUAAUCAUGCAAAGCCUUUUAUCUUAUGUUGAGUGUAGCAUAUGAUUGCACAAAAUUGUACAAAGUCAUAAUUUAUGUAUGGGAUUAUUGAGGAUUUUUAUCUUUUGCUGUUUUUUUUUUUUUCUGUUCUACUAGUUCUCAUUUCUUUAACAGUUUUAUUUUUUUAAAAGUAGUGAAUUUCAGAAAGUUUAGUUCAAUGCUUUCACAUGCUUAGUGAAACUGAUUCAUUAAAAAAUCAUGAAACAUUAUGAAUUUGAAUGAAUUCAAAUACAAAAUUAUACUUUAACCCCACUCCUAAGCAAAAUCUCAAUCUUCAUAACUUUUCAUAUGAAUUGCAUUAUUAUGAAUUAUGAAUUUGCAGUUUGGAUUGUUGGAAAAGUUUACACAAAAUAAUUCAAAACUUCAACCUAUAUUAGGUUGCAGCCACCAGAAAUGAACUUGUUUGGUUUGUCAUUCAUCAGCAAAAUUACAGCUAACAACUUUUUAUUUGAAAUUCAUCGUUUCAUAAUGGUAAUUUUUUUUGCCAUGAUGUACAUUCAGUAACUGUCCAGCUUUAAUGUACGCUUGUGAAUUCAUACUACUUCUGAAAGUGUUGUCAGAACUCUCAUUUAUUUACCAUUGCAAUUUCAUUUAAAGGUUUUUUUUUAAAACAUGAAGUAACUUUCCCUAAACAUCUGUGCAAUAAUAUCAUAAUAUAAAUUGAUAUUAAUCUUUCUAAAAUUCAUUUAAACAUAAAAACAUUUCCUAAAUGUCUGUUGUACUGUGUAUUUGUAGUAGUUUUUCGUUAAUUCUGCAUCUCACUUACAACCUGCUUACAUUAAAGUGCUUCAUAGAGAUUAAAUUAAGAAAAUGAUCAUUUAACCUUGAAGCUGACUAAAAACAAUAAGAAAUAUAGAAAUAUAGUCAAGACCGUCAACAUGACAUGAAUUUGUAUGUGUUUAUACCUUUUUCUAUAUGCUUUUUACAUUAAUGGAUAUUGAAUCUUGUGUAUUUUUUUAUUUUUAUGUUUUCCUUUGAUGGCCAAGGUUAUAUGUGUGAACUGAUUUAACAAGUACUCUUUUUCUAUUUAGUAUAAUAGAGGUUUGUUCUUUUAACAUUUAAGACUAGAAAAAUUUUCCCUUCUCAAAACAGCUACAACCAAAUAAAAAAUUUCAACAUUCAUGGUACACAA